GAUUCGAUGUGAUGAAGAAUCUUGUAAAGUUUUGGGUUUUUGAGUGCAUCUAAACAAGGCCUAAGUAUAUGUUCUCGUCCACAUAUAUACUGUACUUGGAGCCGGCCAAUCGAGGCACCGCAUGCUCACUCGAUGACUCGAACAAGCUCUAGUGCUCUACCCAAAUCUGAAAUGUCCAUGGCUCUACCCAAAUCCGAAAUGUCCGUGGAAUCCGUUGCCGUCGUGGCGGUGCCGUACCCGGCGCAGGGCCACCUCAACGGCAUGCUACACAUGUCGCUGCUGCUCGCGUCCCGGGGUCUCCCCGUGCACUACGCGGCGCCUGGGCCGCACGUCCGCCAGGCGCGCGCGCGCGUGCACGGCUGGGGCGACGACGCCCUCCGCCGCAUCGAGUUCCACGAGCUCGAGGUCCCCGCGUACGCCACCCCGCCGCCGGACCCGGCCGCGCCCUCGCCGUUCCCGACCCACCUCAUCCCCAUGGGCGAGGCCUUCGUCGCUGGCGCGCGCGCCCCGGUCGCCACCCUCCUCGCGAAUGUCUCCGCGCGCCACCGCCGCGUGGUCGUCCUGUACGAUCGCCUCAGCUCCUUCGCCGCGCCCGAGGCGGCGCGGAUCCCCAACGGCGAAGCGUUCUGCCUGCAGUGCGUGGCCUCGUCCUUCGACGCCGCGUGGACGGACGCCGGGCAGCGGCUCCUUCGCGCGCGCGGCCUCGACGCCCCGCACCCCGCCGCCUGCAUGCCGAGGGAGUUCGUCGAGUACAUUGUCGGGACGCAGGAGGACGGCCAGAGUCCGGCAUUCGCCGGGGUAGUGGCGAACACGUCCCGCGCGAUCGAGAGCGAGUUCAUCGACUUGGUAGCCGGGGACCCGCAGUACCGAGGGAAGAGGGUCUUCGCCGUCGGGCCGAUGAACCCACUGCUCGACGUGAUGACCGCGCCGGCGGCAGCGGGACGCAGUGCGCGGCACGAGUGCCUGGACUGGCUCGACAGGCAACCGCCGGCGUCGGUGCUGUACGUGUCGUUCGGCACGACGACGUCGCUGCCGGCGGAGCAGAUCGCGGAGCUCGCCGCGGCGCUGCGCGACAGCAAGCAGCGGUUCGUCUGGGUUCUGCGCGACGCUGAUCGCGGUGUGGUGCACGAGGAGGAGGAGGAAGCCGCGGAGGAGAGUAGGCACGCCAGGUUCCUGUCCGAGUUCACCGAGGAAACUCGAGGCAUCGGGCUGGUGAUCACCGGGUGGGCGCCGCAGCUGCAGAUCCAGGCGCACGGCGCCACGGCGGCGUUCAUGAGCCACUGCGGCUGGAACUCGACCAUGGAGAGCCUGAGCCACGGGAAUCCGAUGCUCGCCUGGCCCAUGCACUCCGACCAGCCGCUGGUGGCGGAGCUCGUGUGCAAGUUCCUCAAGGCCGGGAUCCUGGUGAGGCCAUGGGAGCAACACGGCGCUGUGACACCUGCGGAUGCCAUCCGCGAGGCGAUCGAGAAGGUGAUGGCACGCGACGAAGGUUUGGCGCUGCGGGAGAGGGCCAAGGAGCUCAUGGAGUCCAUUCGCGCCUCCGUCGCUGAGGGCGGGUCCUCGCGCAAGGACCUCGACGACUUCGUUGCAUACAUAGCAAGAUGAAAUGCGUAUUUGACUGUUUCUAGGUUAAUUUGAGUUCUCGUGGUGAAUAGAUGCAUAAUAAUGCGAAUAAUAUUUGUCUUGUAAGUUGUAGGAGCAACUUAGCUUUGCAAAGUUAUUAUUAAUGCAAUAAAAAACCCUACUGGAAAAAACUUGAAAUGUAUUAGUGGCUCCAAAGUUCGUAUUA